CUAUUCCUCAUUAUUGGUCAACAAAUACUAUUUCUUUUGGAUGAAUCGAACUAUCAUUAACAUUACUGAAGAACCUAUACCAAGUUUGGAUUUUAUUACUCAGCAAGUUCAAGAUGAUGGAGCUGGAGCUAUAAGUACUUUUUCAGGUACUACACGAAAUACUUUUCAAGGAAAACGUGUUAUACAGUUAGAAUAUCAAGCAUAUGAAGGAAUGACAUACAAAGUAUUAAACUCCAUUGUUAAUGAAUCACGACAACGGUGGCAAAUACAACAUAUUGCGAUAUAUCAUAGAACAGGAAUUGUACCAGUAGGAUAUACAAGCGUUGUAGUAGCGACUAGUUCAGUACAUCGUGGUGAUGCUAUCCAUGCAACACAAUAUCUGAUUGAUGAAUUGAAAGCCCGGUGUCCAAUCUGGAAAAAAGAAGUAUAUGAAGAUGGAAGUGAAUGGAAAGGAUCAUGUAAUGGAUGUCAAUCAAAUAUGAAUUAUUUAGAUUCCUAGUUAUAUCUCAUUCAAUAAAAUAAUGUACUUUAUGAAAAACAUCAUUUAAUAAAAGUGAGAAUAAAAAAUUGGCUCAAAUUUA